CAUAAGAAGGUUAUCCUUAUUGAAUAGCUGUUGAUUUCCAGGAGGUAUCUUUAAUAUUCCUAAAAAUGAAAAUAAAGUACUUAAUUUUGCAGAAAAACUGUUUUUGAUAAAUAUAAAGAUAUCAAAAGGUGAUAUAAAUCAAAUUAGGUGUAAGCAUGAUUAUGAAAUCCAGCCUUAAUUAACAACUUGAGUGUUGACACAGUAUAAGCAAUUACUUUUAAAGAAGAAAAGAAAACCACACAAUUCACCUUCGAUAAUUUUCUUUAACUCGAGAACAGUUGUAUUUUCCUUAGCAUCCGUAAAUAUUGUCAUUUUCUUUCGCCGUAUCAUUAAAAAAACAUCCUGAAAUGACAAACAUAAAGAGGUUAGAGUUAGGAUCCUUGAUAUAUGUUUUCGGUUUUAAAGGAAUUGACAAUUGACUCACCAUGAUUUAAAAUUAAAAUAAUUCUAAUUCGCCGGCGAAUCCAAAUUGUAAUAUUCUGUUUUGAAUAUCACAGAAGAUUCAGGUUAUGGGCGAAAACUGAAAGUCCUCCCCAAAGCAUACAAAUUUUGUGGAUCACGCUCACGGAACAUAAAAAGAAUAUAGGUAAAAAAACAAAGAUGGAUCAUGAAGACGAAUUUUUAAAUUCAUUUUUUACUCAGGUUACUCAACUAUGUUUUGACAAGGCCAAAGAAUCAGUAGAAAAAGAAAGAGAAUCAUGCAGAUCAACACAGAUGGGACCAUGGGGUAUGUUGCUUAUGCAUCUGCCUCAAAUUGCCAUGGCUGAACGUUCUUAUGCAGAUUUAGGAUUUCUUCAUACCAAAAAUAAAGGAUUUCUUCGAAAAGAUAAUUCUUUAAAAACAAUGUACGAAUCAUUGAAAGCUGAUUUAAAAAGGGUUGAAGAAAUGACACGAGGAACAAAUGCGGUAGGGGCUACAGUUGCUGAAAUCUCAUACCAUCUGUGUCAAUUUAUAACAGCACGGAUUCAGCUGAUUGAUUUUUAUGAAAAAAUGUACCAUAUGAGUAUUAGCAGUAAGGUGAUGCGCCACCAAGAGUUAUUAUUGUCCAUAGAAGGUAUUAUUGAGUCCCAUCAACUCUCUUGUUCCUAUUUGGCAUUAAAUACAAUUAAAGCUGCUUUAACGUUAGAAUGUGAAAUAUUAAUGCAAUUAAUAAAAGCAUAUAUUGAAGUACAGAACUGGAGGUUUUUACCAUCUCUCAUGGCUUUGUAUGGAGCCCAAGUACGAAUGUCAGCAUGGGAACGAACAUUGCAAAAUAGAGAAACUUGGAAACUUGGAUUUGGUGCAACAUUUCUAAAGGCUAAUCAACAGCCUGCAUUGUACCAGUGGUUAGUAAAACUAAGAGCUGCUGUUCUAGCUAAGUUUUCUUUUUACUUUCAUACCACUUUAAGUCAACAAGCAAGUUCUGGUGAAAUGAGAAGUAUCAUGAGUAAACAGGCUACAGAUUAUUACCAUAAGUUACAAAGUUUUCAAAAGAAACACGAUAUUCUAGCCGUGGUACUUGUUUUUGAUACAAGAGGCAUGCAAGAUUCUGGUCCAGGAUACAGACAUCCAAAUAGAGAAAUAGACAAUACAGAAGAUUUUUUAAUGGCUGUGAGCGUUCCACAAACUUUCUCCCAGAAACCAUUUGUUCACUGGGAUAAUAUUAAGAAAAGUAUAAAGGAACGUUAUGCUGAUCUCAUAGUGAUGGAUAAAAUAAUAUUCAACAGAGAUCAAAGUGAUUUUUGGAUAUACGCAAUGUACAACGUCGACCCACGAAUGACAUUUAUCGUAGCUUAUGAAAGUUGCAGUAAACAAAAAGAUAAGGAUGCACAUGUAACUACUUUUAUAACAGAUAUGUGUUUGCAAAUGAGAUGUAACAAAGUCUUUGAAAGUUUGAAAUUAGCUAAAUAACAUUUUUCAAUUGAAUCUAAAAAGUCAAUUAAAAGAUAAUACAUUUUUUAUAAGACUUGUUAUCUUGUUCUAAAACAAAGUUUUAAUAAAGAUUCAUUUAUG